UGGGGAUAUCCCUCGAAUUAUAAGUAACUAUUGAAUAAUAAUUUGAAUUCAUAAUUUUGGUUUCGCUGUGAGAUGCAGCGCUUUUGGUACGUUUACUUGUGAUUUGGUAUAGUAUACCACGAUGGAAAGUACUCCAGAACCAGAGGAAAUUGGCGGACAGGGUCCUUUCGAAACCCAUUGUGUCAUCGAGCUGUCCAGUCGCUGUACGGAAGAUCUUGUUAACUGGAUUAUAUGGCGAAUUCGUGCACCUAAAAGGAAUCAGGGAGCUGAGCUGUUAGUGCGCGCAGUGCGCGAUGUCGACACAAACAAGUAUGCAUUUCUGCACAUUUGUGCUCCCACGUACCGCGUACUGGAACUCGCGGAGUGGCUGGAAGUGAUGAAACCCGAUGCGAAAGAUGGGACUAUGAAGGAAUUCAGCAUUGCAUCCCUGUCGUCGUUUGUGCCUGAGGAUGAAGAUCCUGGGAAUUUAUUUACGUAUUCUGAAAAAGCCCGAUUCGUUAAUUUCGAGAUCAAUGAGCUGCGCGCCAAAGCCGAAGAAAUGGAGAAGUUUUUUGAGUCGGAUAAACUGCGCUUUAGUGAAGGACAGAGUAUCAUUACAAAAAUGCAGAGAAAAGAUGUGAUAUUGAAGAUCUUCCCUUUGCACGAGAAAGAACUAAGGAAGCGGCUUUUUGCCGGAUGGGUUGGGAAGAAAUUGUCUCGAAAGCAGCCGCUUGAUGCCGUUCGCGAUUACUUUGGCGAGCAUAUAGCCAUCUACUUUGCAUUUUUGGGAUUUUACACAGAAAUGCUGAUACCGGCGACGAUAUUGGGAUUGACGAUGUUUACCAUUCAGUUGUUCAGUCAGGCAACAUUGACGACCGUUGCGGCGUUCGCCAUAUUUAAUCUUUUAUGGGCAACCUUCUUUUUUGAACGCUGGAAGCGCUUUUGCAAUCGCUUGUGCUACAAAUGGGGUGUACUGUUUAAAACCAAUGAGCAACUUGAAAUUCCCCGUUCACAGUUCAAAGGCUCAAUGGGAAAAAAUCCCGUUACCGGUCUUCCUGAACCCGUUUAUCCCGAGAUGACACGUUAUAUUUGGAUCGCUUUUAUAUCCACACCAAUUGUUGUUCUGUGCCUUUUCUUGUCGCUGUUCAUGUUGGGAAGUUAUUUGGAUGCCCAAACCAGUUUGAAUGAUCAGUACAUAAAACGUCCGACAUUCUUCCUGUUCUUUGGACGUUUUGCACCAAGUGCGAUCUACACAGUGUGCGUCAAUAUUUUCAAGGGUUCAUACAGAUAUGUCGCGACAUGGUUAACCGAUAAAGAGAAUCACCGCCUGCAAACAUCCUAUGAAUUUCAUUUGAUAUGGAAGUUGCUGUUAUUCAACUUCGUGAACUCCUUUUCCUCUUUGUUCUUCAUCGCGUUUUGGUUGCAAGAUUUAGAUCUACUGCGCAGUCAUCUUGGGACACAGCUUAUUACCAAUCAAAUCAUCGAUCAGUUUUCUGAAACGAUUUUCCCUUUCAUGAAAGUGCGCUAUCAGAAGUGGCAGCUGCAACGUGAAUUGCGAAAAGAGAACAAAAAACGGGAAAUUCGUGGCGAAAACGAGGAUGCGAAUUUUACGGUCUUUCGCGAUCAGGCGAUUAUCGAAAAUGAUCAGCCAAUUUACAAGGGUACUUUCGAUGAUUAUCUGGAACUUUUCCUCCAGUUCGGCUAUGCGUUCAUGUUCUCAUCGGCUUUUCCGGUUGCCCCAUUGUUCGCAUUGUUAAACAACGUGGUUGAAAUUCGCGGAGAUGGAUUCAAAUUGUGCAACAUUAUGCAGCGGCCAUUUGCACGACCGGGCAAUUCCAUCGGACCCUGGCAGCUAGCGUUUGAAUUGAUGGGAUUCGCGGCGGUGGUCACGAAUCUCGCUCUGGUCUAUUUGAACCCGAUUGUAACCGACUAUGCCAAGCAUACCGGUCAUGAUCAGAUGAUCCUGAUUUUUGUCGUCAUUGAGCAUAUUCUGAUUUUUGCCAAAUUGGGAAUGUCUGUGAUUUUGCCUACCGUGCCACGGGAGGUGCAGCUGGAGAUUGCCCGGAGCGAAUAUGAAAUGAAGACGGCACUGAAAGAACGACGAGCUGGAGAAUCACGGCGGGCUUUGACGUCUAAAAAGUUCGCUGGAUCGGAAUUAAGUUAUUCUGGUUACCGUCAACCGCAGGGUGAAUUCAACAAGUGAUCAGCAUAAGUGUAAAAUAAUUGAAGAUUUCCGCCAAAUUUUGGUUUAGUUCAUAUGGUAUUUUUGUUUUGUAGUCGUACGAAUGUCCUUGAAGAGAGGUGUUAACUGUUAACUUCGUUGCUGCUCAUAAAUUUUUUUGCGUAUUGUAAAAUUGAACAAAAUAAUUUAUGUUAGCUUCGCUCUGUUUUGUAAAUUGUGUAACGAGUUAUCCGGUUCGCAUUUCGUAUUUUGGUAUUGAUUAAUCCUCAAAUGUUUUCUGCUGCUUGUUGGAUUAGAAUUAAAGGGAUUUAGUGUUCG